AUGGGUCAAAUAUUGUCGAAUCCUGUUAUUGAUAAGGAGCAAGAAUCUGGCGGUGAUGCACUAACGGCGUUUGGGCUGUGUGCGAUGCAGGGGUGGCGUAUGUCAAUGGAGGAUUCGCAUAUUGUUGAUUUGAAUAUCGCGAAAGAUGCGUCUGAGCAUUUGGCGUACUACUGUGUUUUUGAUGGGCACGGCGGGUCUAGUGUUGCGCAGUUUUGCGGGUCGCAGUUUUCCAAGAUUUUGCAAAAGCAAGAAUCCUUUAAGAAGCAUGCUUACAAGCAGGCUUUGUUGGAGUGUUUCAUUGCUGCUGACGAGGAGUUGUUGAAGGAUCCAGUGUUGGCGAAUGACCAUAGCGGGUGCACGGCUACGACGUUGUUGAUUUCCAAGUUACAGAACGUGAUGAUUUGUGCAAAUUCGGGAGACUCGAGAACAGUACUCUCUAAAGACCACAUUGCGAAGGCCUUAUCGUACGACCACAAGCCUACACUAAAGAGUGAGUACUCGAGAAUUGUGGCUGCUGAUGGAUUCGUCGAGAUGGACCGUGUGAAUGGUAACUUGGCGCUUUCGCGUGCCAUUGGUGACUUCGAGUUCAAGUCCAAUCCAGAAUUGUCCCCACACGAACAGAUUGUAACGUGUGUACCAGAUUUGAUUGAACAUUCGAUAGACUACGACCAAGAUGAGUUUGUUAUACUAGCAUGUGAUGGUAUUUGGGACUGUUUGACUUCCCAAGACUGUGUCAAUAUGGUGCAUUGGGGUUUGAAAAAGGGCCUAACCUUGGAGGAAAUUAGCUCCAAAAUCAUCGACGUUUGUUGUUCACCAACAACGGAAGGUACCGGUAUCGGUUGUGAUAAUAUGAGUAUCAUCAUCGUUGCUUUGCUAAAACCUGGCGAAGAUGAGGCUGCUUGGAGUAAACGUAUAUUGAGCAAGAACUUCGAACCACCAAUCUCUUUUGAAAACCAAAGAAGAGCCGUGUUCCAUUUCUACGACUUCCCAGAAAAUGAUGACCACGUCUUUGAAGUAACGAACAGGAGAGAAUCUGAUGAUCUUGACGACAACAAUGAGAGAAAAGGAGGCGCUCAAGGUAGAGGCGCUUCAAGCCUUGCUAACUUGGAAGCCAUUCUUGGUUCCGGUGGUAUCCAAAUAACACCAGGCGAGAAUAACCUGUCUUACAUCCAUGGGACUGCAUUGUCGGAAGUCUUGGCUUCGUUGAGUGGUGGAAUAAGGUCCCAAAUUGAAGAAGAUGAAGAAGAUCAAGAAGGUCAAGAGGAGAACGCAGACGACUCACAACAACAACAAGGUAAACCAAAAAAGAACUGA